CCUCGCGCAUCGUGUGCGUGAUCGUGUGUGGUAAUUUCUAGUUAGUCACUAUUUUCAAGAGAUGUGCUGUUUCUCGUAGCACACGCGUUAAAACAUCAUAAUUACAUGAAUUUGGGAACAUCGUAGAUCACGCUAGCCUUGGCAGCUUGACGCAGUAUUGCACCGCAGUGCGAGCCAGCACCUGAAUGCAUUCGUCCCUCAUUCUAAGCGAGAGUUUACGUCAGACGAUAUCAAAGGAGAUGUUGUGCGGUGUUCUCGGUGCGGUAGUGAGGCUGGGCAGCAGGGCAGCUGUCUUCAUGCGUAUGCCUUACGGCGAUGCUUAUGCUGCAAGAGGCCUCGCCGCGUCGCUGCAGCGCAGGCAGCUGUGCGCAGCAUCCUCCGACCUCGACGACCAGAUGAAGAUGCUGCACGACAACCCGCACUACGCGAAGUACGGAGCGAAGCUGGAGAGGAUGCGACGCGAGGCGCCGGACGCGUUCCGAGCGAAGGUCGAGGAGAAGACGAGGAAAAGCGAGACGCAGAAGAUGGCAGGCGAUUCGUACGACGAGCGACUCACCUCGUCCGCCCCGCCGCCGCCCGCGCCUGCUCACCUAGCGCCCCCUAUGGCCAAACCGAAGACGCUCUACGACAUCAUGAAGGUCGACCUUCUUCGCGGCCUCUCCGCCGACGAGAUCUCUCUCGUCUGGACGGAGCACCACACCAGCAGGGGGCGCCUGUGCGCGGCGGUGCCGGCGGCGGCGUACGAGCGCAUGGCGGCGCUCGCGCGCGAGUGCCCGGCGUUCGUGUUCGCGUUGCCGCGCGGCGACGGGUACGAGACGUUCCUCGCGCAGUUCUCCGGCAACGACUGCCACUUUACGCCGCUGCUCGGGUACAAGACGCACUUCGCUGAUGUUGAACUAGAGGGCGUUGCAGACAAACAAGCAGACAUUCUGAUUGGAUCCAUCUUCGUUAGCGGGAAGACCAAGUGGGAACUGCUCGACAAUAUAGUGAGGAGGAUAUUCAAGGAUAAUCAGGAUUCCAACGAUUAG